CGGCUGCUCCGGCUGGCACAGUCUUCAGCCCUGUGCUCUGGGGGGUCACUAAAAAAGCCUCCCAUUUCUUACCUGCGGCAAGGGAGGCCGCCAGCAAAAUAACCCCCCUGUUCCAUCCUGGGGGGUGGUGUGUGGGACAGGCACCAGCAUCAGCACUGACACUUGCCAGCACUUGUAGCAACGGGAGGAAGAUGCUCUGCAGCCACCCGCCAGCACCUUUCAGUCCUGCCUUCGCGUCUCCCGUCGGCUCCCGCCCCGACAGCACCGUCGCAAGGUGGGAUGGAUUAUAGAGUCCCCGGUGCUGUCAGCAAUGGUGAAACGGUGCCCGCACACCCCAGCAUGGAAAAGGAGAAGGAGGAGGAUGAGGAUGAGGACCAGACCCUGGAGCGAGGACAGUGGAACAACAAGCUGGAGUAUGUCCUGUCUGUGGCUGGGGAGAUCAUCGGCCUGGGAAAUGUCUGGCGCUUCCCCUACCUCUGCUACAAGAAUGGCGGAGGUGCCUUCUUCAUCCCCUACCUCAUCUUCCUCUUCACCUGUGGGAUCCCUGUCUUCUUCCUGGAGACAGCGCUGGGGCAGUAUACCAGCCAGGGAGGGGUGACAGCCUGGCGCAGGAUCUGCCCCCUCUUUGAAGGAAUUGGCUACGCCUCACAGGUCAUCGUCGUACUGCUGAACUUCUACUACAUCAUUGUCCUGGCCUGGGCCUUGUUUUAUCUCUUCAGUUCAUUCACCAUCGACCUCCCCUGGGGCAGCUGUGACCAUGAGUGGAACACAGGGAACUGCAUGGAGCUCCAGAAGGCGAACUCAACGCUCAAUGUGACCAGUGAAAACGCCACCUCCCCUGUCAUCGAGUUCUGGGAAAGGAGAGUGCUAAAGAUUUCCGACGGCAUCCAGCACCUGGGCAGCCUGCGCUGGGAGCUGGCUCUGUGUCUCUUGCUGGCAUGGAUCAUCUGUUACUUCUGCAUUUGGAAAGGGGUCAAGUCCACGGGCAAGGUGGUGUAUUUCACAGCCACGUUCCCAUACCUCAUGCUGGUUGUUCUGCUGAUCAGGGGAGUCUCCCUGCCUGGGGCAUCCCAGGGAAUCCUCUUUUACCUUUAUCCAGACCUCAGUCGCCUUGGGGACCCCCAGGUCUGGAUGGAUGCAGGCACUCAAAUCUUCUUUUCGUAUGCCAUUUGUCUGGGAUGCCUGACAGCUCUGGGCAGCUAUAACAAAUACCAUAACAACUGCUACAGGGACUGUGUGGCCCUCUGCUUCCUCAACAGCGGCACCAGCUUUGUGGCUGGCUUUGCCAUCUUCUCCAUCCUGGGCUUCAUGGCAGGGGAGCAGGGUGUGCCCAUCGCUGAAGUGGCUGAAUCGGGGCCUGGCCUGGCGUUCAUCGCCUACCCUCGGGCUGUGGUCAUGCUGCCCUUCUCCCCACUCUGGGCAUGCUUCUUCUUCCUGAUGGUUGUUUUGCUGGGACUGGACAGCCAGUUUGUCUGUGUGGAGAGCCUUGUUACAGCUCUUGUGGACAUGUACCCCACCAUCUUCCGCAAGAAGAACCGCCGAGAGAUCCUCAUCCUGCUGGUCUCCAUCCUCUCCUAUCUGGUUGGGUUGGUGAUGCUCACAGAGGGUGGGAUGUAUGUCUUCCAGCUCUUUGAUUACUAUGCUGCCAGUGGCAUGUGCCUGCUCUUUGUGGCCAUCUUCGAGACUCUCUGCAUCGCCUGGGUCUAUGGUGCUGAGCGUUUCUAUGAUAACAUUGAAGAUAUGAUCGGCUACCGGCCAUGGCCCGUCAUCAAAUACUGCUGGCUUUUCAUCACCCCGGCGGUUUGCAUGGCAACCUUCCUGUUUUCUCUGAUCAAAUACACACCACUGACUUAUAACAAGAAGUAUGUGUACCCAUGGUGGGGAGACACCCUGGGCUGGCUGCUGGCCCUCUCCUCCAUGGUAUGCAUUCCUCUCUGGAUCGUCUACAAACUCUCCACCAUCAAAGGCUCCCUCAGAGAGAGGCUCCGCCAGCUCACCUGCCCAUUUGAGGACUUGCCUUCCAGGCCUGGAACAGGACAGCACCUUCCCUCCACCAGAGCUGACCUCCUGAUGCUGACAGAGCUAGAAUCUCAUUGCUAGGAUCAGUGUGGCUCUCCCUCCCACCCCCCAGGAUGGUUUUUGUACAGCCCUUACCACCUUGGAUAACGCAAGGUUUCUUCACUUGCCAAGGAGAGAGGGAUUUCUGGGCUGAGCUCCCUUCUCUGGAAGAUUUGAAGGGCUGAGGAAGAGGCUGCUGUGGAGAUGGUCUGCAUGGAGUUAACAAUGCACCUUAACCCCCUCCCUGGAGAGGGCUCUGAAGGGGCAGAUCAAGCACCUGUGUUCCUGAGUAUCCCCAAGCUUCUUGUGGGCAGAAAGGAAGGACUGAUCCUGAAGUGGAGAGUGGCAGAGAGCUGCAGAGGUGUGGCUCCGGUGUAGACUUUGGGAGCUUCUCCAUUCAUUCCAUUAAAUCCUUGUUUUUCCCCUCUA